AGCUCAGAUUCUUUAGCGAUAGCCCAUAAACCAGUCCAGUGAAGCUCCUCCUGUUCUGUCGCUUCUGUAUUCUGUUCUGUGUCUGAUCGGGCGAAGAAACAAUGUCUCAUCCUCAAUGCUGCGAAAACCCACCGACCCUUGACCCGAAUUCCGGGUCGGGUCAUGUCGAGAAACUCGGUGGCCUCGAUUCCUACGUCGUCGGAUCUCCCGAUUCCAAGCUUGGGAUUCUCCUCGUUUCUCAUGUCUUUGGUUAUGAAACUCCAAACCUGAGGAAACUUGCAGACAAGGUCGCGAAUUCUGGAUUCUAUGUUGUGGUUCCUGAUUUCUUCCAUGGAGAUCCUUAUAAUCCCGAGAAUCAGGAUCGGCCUCUUCUUGUCUGGAUCAAAGAUCAUGAACCAGAUAAAGGGUUUGAGGAGUCAAAGCCGGUAAUCGAAGCCUUAAAGAGUAAGGGCAUAACCGCCAUCGGAGCAGCAGGCUUCUGCUGGGGUGCAAAAGUAGCGGUGGAACUCGCCAAGCAAGAGCUCGUUCAAGCGGUUGUUCUGUUACAUCCUUCUCGUGUUACGGUGGAUGAUAUCAAAGGGGUCGAGGUUCCGAUAUCUAUAUUAGGAGCCGAAUUCGAUCAGGUCUCCCCUCCCGAGCUCGUGAAGCAGUUCGAAGAAAUCUUGGCUUCUAAACCCGAGGUGAAGAGAUUCGUGAAGAUAUUCCCAAGAGUCAAACAUGGCUGGACAGUUAGGUACAACCCUAGCGAUCCAUCGGAAGCCGAAGCUGCAGAGGAAGCUCACGAGGAUAUGUUAGAGUGGCUUAUCCACUAUGUCAAGUGAAAGAGACAAACAAACUCGGCACUGUCUUUUCGAGCUGCGAAAUCAUCGUCGUCAAAAGAUUCUGUGUUCGAUCUGUACAAUUGGCGGGAAGUAGUUUAAGUUUCCAGGGUAAGGUUGCAAGAAACAAGAACCGAUGCUGUCUGAAUUCUUGGGAGGAACCUUUCAAAGGCGAAGGCUCUCUGUCUGGUGUUUUAUCAGCAACUGGUUAAUGAACAAAUAUUUGGUGGAAUCUCAUCGCUCAUCAUUUUCAGGGC